AUGGUGCGCUGCUCGCUCCCGCAAGGUCGAAAUUGUUCUAAGCUGUGUGGCGCAGGCACACGACAGGUGUCGCCGUCGCAGGCCCUCACCUGGGGGCUGGGAGUGUGCGCGACAGGUGCAUUGAUCGCCGGAGCGACGAGCGUGGCCAGGGCGGCAAAGUCGCUUGAGGAAGAAGGAAUUGAUCCAAGGGUGGCAAGGGCGAAGGGGUUGCCUUUGGCGCUUCGAGGGCUUGGCAUAAGUACUGGAGUCAUAGGUUUGUUGGGGCUGGGUGGAUGGUACGUGCUGUCCGAUAUGUACGGUCUUCAGCUGCAGAACGAGGCGCACGUCUCGUCGUUUGAGGCGGCCGUAGAAGAACUCAAGCGGCAGCAGGAGUCUCUCCGCACCGAGUUCAAGGCGCACGUGGAAGGAACGGCAAAAUCCAAAUCCAAGUGA